AAGGAGGGAAGAAGGAAAGCAGGAAAGGAGGUUGAAGCAGACUACAGACGGAGGGAGAGAGAGAGAGCCGGAGAGGGCGGAAGAGGCAGGGAGGGAGGCAGGGAGAGGAGUGAGGCAGGCGCGGGGCAUGGCCGGAGCGAGGCAGCAGCAGGACAGGAGCUCAGUUUGUCUCGUGGUGGUGAAGCGAGAGGCAGGAGUGAGAGAACCCGCCCAGACCCGCAUCACUGGCCCGGCCCUAACACAGCCUAGAAAAUAAAAAAGAAAACAAAAGAAAAUGAGAAACUAACAGGAAAAAGGAAGGAAAAUAUCGAAGGUAAAGCCCCAAGUGAAGGAUAUACCCAAAAAUAGUGACGAUCGAUUUUGGGCAGUGGAAAAAAAAGAAGGAAAAGAAGAAAAUAAAGGAAAAGAGGAAGAAAAAGAAGCGAUUCCACAAUAUAUCUUGGCAGUGUGUGCAAAGUUUCUCUCUCAAAGGCUUCGAAAAUAAGCGCUUGAAGAGGCAGAGAGAAGAGAGAGCGAGUGAGAGAGAGGACGAGAGAGAGAGGGAAAGAUAAAGAUACAGAGAGCCAGAGAAGAGAAGAAAUAAAGCAAGAAGAAGAUAAAGAAAAGAAAAAAAAGUUAGUGAAUUUGGUGGUGAAAGAAAAAAUCAAAAUAAAGUUAAUAUCAUAGAAAGUCACCACCCCCACCACCACCAUCGCUUCCAACACCCCCACCACCACCACCUCCUCCUCCUCCUUCACCACCUCCACCUUCUCCGCCGCCAACAUGAACCCCGCCAACAUCCAGCCGACCUUCAUGGGCUUCUACAACAGCGUGGCCACAUGCUUUAGGAAAUACGCAGCUCCUCUGGGCCCGCGCCGCAAGGAGGGUGAGGAGGGCGGCGAGGCAGGGCAGGGGGCGGCAGGGGACGAGCAGCAGCCCCUCGCGCCGCCCCCCGCCGAGGCCCAGCAGCCUGAAGAGGUACUGGAGGAGCCCGAGGAGCCCGAACUGCCCAGCGAACCCGAGCUGCCCCCAGACGUGCUCCACAAACACGACGAGAACAUUGUAUUCAAGGUACUGACGCAGGAGUACAGUGACGCCGCGGUGGACCUGCUGUGUAACCAUUUCUUCAAGGAUGAGCCCCUCGGGAAGGCCCUCUACCUGGACAGCCCGAGGGAGGUGGACCACUGGCUCUCCAAGGUCCUGCCCCAUAUGAUCAACCACGGCGUGUCAGUGAUGGCGAUAGACGAGUCGGCUAACGGUCGGCUGGUGGGCGUGGCCAUCAACAGCAUCAAAAAGCGAGGGGACACACCAGGCCCCGAUGACUUCCUGGCCUGGAUCGACCCUCAGAAAGACCCCAAGAUGUUCAAGAUUAUUUCCUUCCUCAGUCAGCUGGCGAGUGAUAUCGACUUCUACGGACAGUACAGCGUUGAUAAGUUCCUCAAUUUCGAGCUGCUCAAUGUGGACAAGGAGUACGGGGGGCGCGGCAUCGCCUCCAUGCUGGUACAACAGAGCUGUAACGUGGCUCACAAGGAGGGAUUCACCUGCCUCGUGGCCGAAACGACAGGCAUCUUCUCCGCCAAGAUCUUCGGGCGGCACAACUUCAAGACGAUCCGCGAGGUGCAGUACUCGCAGUUCCGUCAAAACGGCCGCAUCGCCUUCCCCAACACGGGCAUCCACACCUCCGCCCGCGUCUCCGUCAAGAUCCUGGACCCCAACGCCUCGCCCGCCACAGGAACCCCCUCCAAACGCCCCUCCACCGCCUCCUCCAUCGCCUCAAUCAACCCUUCCACUAACACCAGGAUGUCUUAAAUUUCCACUCGCUUUCGGUGUCUCGCUGUCUCCCUCUCUCUUUUUCUUUCCUCCGUAUUACUUUAGCGAUGUGUUUUUCUCUCCUCUUCUUUCCCCUCCGUUUAGAUCAAGGCGCCCCUCCCUCUCUCCCUCUCCCUCUCCGACUCCUACAUUCCCUCCCUCCACUGUUUCCUCCAUAGUCUCCCUUUUUCCUUCCUUUCUCAUUUUCCAUCUGGUGUCUCACGUCCUAUAUAGUUAUUUUUUUCCCUCUCUCUUUUUAUCUCUACACUUUUUAUCUCAGUUUUAAUUCGUUCUAGUGUUCAUAUUAUUUCCUUGCAUCGCUUUUUCGUCCUCCUCUCAGACAUUUCUUUCUUUCUUUUCGUCUUUUUCCUCUCGACCUAACUCUUUAUCUAUUUCUAUUUCGUUCUAAUAUUUCUUUUCUCUCUCUUGUUGAUAUUUUUCUUCCCUUGCAUCGCCUUUCCUCAACAUGUCAACAGUAUUUCUUUUUUUCACCCUUUCUAUCUUGACUUAGCUCUUUAUCUUAGUUCUUUCUUUUUAUACGCUUCUUCACUCUCUUUUGUCAAUACUUUUCCUUGUAUCGCAUUCUCGUCCUCUCCUCACCAAUACCUUUCUUCCUUUUCAUCUUUCUCCUUGUUUAUAUUUAGCUCAGUUUCCCUCCCGACAUCUACACAGCAAACACCCCAACCAACAUCCUUCUGAACCUUCCCCCGACUGUCACACCUCUCCCCUCCCUCACCCAUAUUGUCAAGCUUCCACGAUAACUCAUAAACGAAGCCAAACGGAGCCACAAAACGAAGCCUACACACACAUGCCUACGUAAACAGUCGUAUAGUAGAUAGUAUAAAGCCAUACACUGAAUAAUCAAAUCGAGCGCUAAGGGGGAGGGCGGGAGUUGUUUUAACCUACAUACGUUGUGAUCGGUACAUUACGACAACCUCUUUUGAUGGAGAUUUAGAAGAUCGAAGUGUGUGUUUAGUUGCAGUUCCAUACACAUUCACACUCACACACUUAACAGUAUUUUCUCCACUGCCGGAGGACUUGGCUGACCGUUACUAGGCAUACUUACUAUAGAAUGUCACCGUGCACUAAACUGACCAAGCAGACCCUCAUUUGGCCCCUUACGUUGUCCCUCAAGUAUGGUCUUCAAUUCUUAUCCCCUUGUACAGUCCUGGGAACUCAAAUAUGUCACUCAAGUAAGUUAUCCGUACUUUUAACACCCCUAUUUAGAAUCCAAUGCCACAAACGACCUCGUAAUAAUGGGAUAAUGAGGUUCUAGUAAGGCGAUUGGUAGGAUGAAAGGAGGUUCGAGGGAGGAAUAAUGCUACAUAGAGGGAUGGGAUGGGAAGGGAGAGGGAUGGAGGGAUUCUGGGUCAGUUUAGUGCAUGGUGACCUCCUUAUAGUACGAUCUCCACUCACCAUAUCCUGUUAUCGAAGAGUAUAAAUAAUAUAUAUAUACAUACUAUACAUAAACUAUAUAUAUACAUGCAUAAACCUUUAGCAGUAGUAGUGUCGGUGAACGGAGCGAGAGUGUGUUGAUUGAUGUUUUGUAUUUUUAAGUGUCAGGCGGAGAGUACUAUAUUAUGACAUUAUUGUUUGCCAUUAUUACGAGAAUUGAUAUCAUGAGUUCGGGAAGCCAUUGGUGAAAAACGACGAUGCUGUUACGAACGUUUUCGCCUCUAUAGUGAAGGUUAUUGCUGUCUCCACUUCUCUUGCUAAUCUUAAACGUUCGCGGACGAUUUAUCAUAUGCUGAAUAUUAUAACGAGGGAGGUGUUUGUGACGUACGAACACACACACACACACACACACACACACACACACACACACACACACACACACACACACACACACACACACACACACUGGUUUUUACGUUAAUUAAUCAAACACGAAUAGUAAUUAUAUAAAGGCUAAGUAAGUAAGUGAGUGCUAUUAACCCAAGCCAUUAUAAUUAUUACUGAUUCGCUUUUUUCUUUAUUAUUUUUCUUUUUUCGGUGUUAUUCUCGUCGCUGGUUUGUUAACGUGCCUGAGUUAGCGUCUUCGUUAUACCGUCAACGAAAAACAUGAUGAAAAACGAACUUAAUGUGGGUUUCAAUUUUAAAACACACACAAACAUCGAUUUUCUAAAGCAAACACCAAACAUCGACUUGGUAUUUCGUUUUAUGCAUCCGGAAAAGCGUGUGACAACGACCCUAAGCCACACACACACACACACACACACACACACACACACACACACACACACACACAUCUACACUUUCUUACAUAGGAGCAGUGAUUAGCGGGAAUUUUUUUUCUCAUUAUCUUUUUUGCCCUUGAGGUGUUUCUUUUACUGCAAACACACACACACACACACACACACACACACACACACACACACACACACAUCUACACUUUCUUACAUAGGAGCAGUGAUUAGCGGGAAUUUUUUUUCUCAUUAUCUUUUUUGCCCUUGAGGUGUUUCUUUUACUGCAAACACACACACACACACACACACACACACACACACACACACACACACACACACACACACACACACACACACACACACA